UAUUACACGCAACUUACAUUUGGAGACUUUUCAGCAACCCAUGUCCACAUCCGCUUCCGUCCGGAAGACCCCGGUGGAUUACGGGGUGCAGAUCCGGUUCAUAAAGGACCUGCAUGACACGGGUGGUGCUACCAGGAGCGGGUCUGGGUCCCGGCGAGAGGCCUCGGCUAAGCCCUCGGCUAAGCCCUCGGCUAAGCCCUCGGCUAAGCCCUCGUCCCGCUACGGCGUGGCUGUGCGGGUGCAGGGCAUUGCGGGUCACCCCUACGUGGUGCUGAAGGAGGGGGAGAAGGGCGACUCGUAUGGCGUGCAGCUCCGAAGCCAACCGCACCUGCCCAGGACGACGGACGAGGGGUCGGCUCAGGAUCCGCACCCGUUUGCGACGGCGCCGGAUGUCUCCCUGCGCCGCGCCCAGUCGCACGGCUCCCUGCUGGACCGGGACGGCGUCCCCGACGACUUUGGCCAAGAAUUCGGCCGGCCGCCCGGCGACGGUCACUCGGGGAGCUACGGGAGCCUGGACACAGUGUGCGGCGUCCCACCCGCCGCCGGCCGUUGGGGCGGGUCACUCCAGGCCGGUCUGAACGGCUCGUCGGAGCGCUACCGCGCCACGCCGGCUCCGGGCCUCCGGAUGCCGGCCCAUAGGCCGGUCAGCAGGUUCAACGCAGGUGCUGAACAGGCUGCUGUGGUGGGAGGCUCCACUAGAGGGAGCACUCCCACUCACGACUCAGCAAGUAGGCCUCACCUUGGCUCCUCUGCCCCUCCCCCUGCCCAGAACACAUACUCCUCCCUUCCUGCAGCCUCUACGCCGGCUUCAGGUUAUAGCAGCAUGGGGCGGGGCUCCGGAUCUGUCGCCAAGGUGACAGCCAUGCCUUCCGCUGGCUUAGUCUGUGUGGAUUCACAUGUGACUCCUGACCUUUUGAUGGGCCAGGGUCAGAGUUCAGGGCCAGACUUGGCGACUGAGGCAGAUCAGAUGCACCAGCUUGUCUACGGUGUCUUGCGACAGGGGAGCAGCGAGAGUGAUGGGGCCAUUACACGACGUGCCCGACUCAUCUGUGACAGGAUCCGCCAGCUCCAGGUGACCAGGCUGGACUCUGGCCUUAAGGCGGAGCUUGAGCAGUGUCUGGAUGAAAAACUUCAACUGCAGGAGGAACUGAGCAGGAAGAAGACUGAUCUAGAUCACACACACUCGGAGCUGGCCCAAGUACGCAUGGAGUGUGAGACUGCAGCACGGCAGGUCCGACAGCUGGAGGAUGAGGUGGUGUGUGUGCAGGAGGGUCUGAGGAGGGAGAUGGAGGCCCAUGCGCAGAGUGCCGCCACACACGAGGAGCUGGCGGAGGUGCAGGACACUUUGAGGCAAAAGGAAAGGGAGCUCACUGCCCUGAAGGGGGCGCUGAAGAAUGAGGUGGCCACACAUGACAGAGAGAUGGAAACUCUCAGAGAGCAAUACAGCCACGACAUGGAGAGACUGAGAGGAAGCAUGGAGCAGGUGUCACAGUCCCAGGCCAGCAUAGAGGCAGAGCGUCUGCGUGUCAACACCACCAUGAGGUCCCUGCAGCAGCAGCUGGACGUCAGCAGAGAGGAAGGAGACCACUGGAGAGAGCAGCUCCAGACCAGCAGGGAGGAGCUACGCGCUACCAAGCAGGAGCUUCUUCAGGCUCGUUUGGAGAAAGAGGAGUUUGAGGAGGAGCUGAAGGAACUCCAGGAACGACUGAACGUGAUGAAACAGCAGAUACCUGAUGUCAAACAUGACCAGGUACUCACACAGGAACUGGCGCGCUGCCGUACGGAGCUGGCAAGUGUCCAGGCGGAGGUGGACAAACUGAAGGGAGACCUGGACAAGAAGACGAUGGAGAUUAUCUCACUGAAGAAGGCCAAUCAAGAACUACAUGCUGAACAGAAGUAUGAGAUUGACAGGCUUAAGAACCAAUCACGGAGAGAUAAGGAGGAGCUGACUAAAGUGCAGGAGAAAGCCAGGCUGCGUGCGGAUCCAUCGCUGGUGCAGUCUCUGCGUGAGGAGGUGGGCGUGGCACACGAGGAAGUUGAACGGCUCCGCAGACAACUGCUUUUGGCCGAGGAGGACCUGAAGAAGGAAAGAGGCCAUCUCAACUCCUCCCAGACCCUCAUACAAACGCUCACGCAGGAGCGGCAGGAGCUGGAGGAGACCCACACACGCCUGAAGGACAGGGCCACACGUCUAGAGUCCCAGCUGCAGGCGCGAGUGUCCCAGACGCUGGAGGCCGAGCAGGAGCUCCAGGAGGAAUCCAGGAGGCUUCGGCAGCAGCUGGACGAGGCCCAGCACACCUGUGCCAGACUGGGUCAGCACAGGGACGAACUGGCCCGUACCCUAGAGGACAGGGAGAGGGACAGGGAUGUCCUCCGCAAGGAAAACACACAGCUGGACGAGGAGAAGAAGCAGCACGAGAAGACCCUGGACAAACUCAGCAAAGAGAUCGAGCGUCUGUCUGCUGACUCUAGCCAGUCGGUGCAGCAGCUACAGGUCCAGCUGAGCGAGCAGAGAGACCGGUGGAGGAGAGACCAGCAGGACCUACAGAAAGCUCACAAGGAGAAGCUGUGUGAACUGGAGCAUGCCCAGAUCAGCCUGCGCUCCCUGCAGGAGGAGUUGGCUCGUCAGAAGAAGGAGCUGAUGUCCUGCUGUGAGGAGAGAGACAAUGCCGCCCUGGACCGAGAGCUGGUCCUCAACCGCCUGCGCAACCUAGAGGCCGAGCUGGAGAGCCAGCGGAGCGCGGUCAGCGAUCGGGCCCGGGACUUGCGCAGCAUGGAGGACAAAGUGAAGCUCUUGGAGUUGGAGCUGGAGGAGGAGAAGAACAGUGGGGAGGUGCUGACAGACCGGAUCUCCAGGAGCAGGGAGCAGAUCGACCAGCUGCGUUCGGAGCUAAUGCAGGAAAGGUCCUCUAAACAGGACCUGGAGCUGGACAAAAAUGCUCUGGAGAGACAGCUAAAGGAGCUGAAGUCUCGCGUAGCGGAGAUGGAAGGUCAGCCGCGCGGCUCGGCGAGUUCCUCUCAUCUGGAGGGACGACUGCAGGAGCUGGACGAUCGCCUGAGGAAUGAAGAAAGAGAGAAGAACUCGGCGCUGGCAUCUCAACGGCGUCUGGAGAGGAAGAUAAAGGAGAUGAACAUCACACUGGAUGAAGAGAGACAGCAGCUCUGUGAGCAGAGAGACCAGCUGGCGCUGCGGGUGAAAGCUUUGAAGAGACGGGUGGAUGAAGGUGAGGAACAGGUGGAGCGGGUUGAGGGUUUGAGGAGGAAAGCAGUGAGGGAUCUGGAGGAGCAGAUGGAGCAGAAGGAGACUCUACAGGCCCGAGUAGUGGCACUGGAGAACGAGCUCAAAAGGAAGAUCCAGCGGGCACAACACAUCACUAUGGACUCAGCCCUCAGCUCGGAGGAUGACGAUGACGAAGGUCUGUAUGACCCCUCCAGCGUCACCUCCCUCCUCACAGAGGGCCAUCUUCAGACCAGCUCCUGCUAG